AUGAUACGGUACGAAAAGUUUAACAACGAGUACACCGAUCGUAUUGAUUGUCCAGGCACAGAGAAGCAUUAUCGUAUAGUACGCUCCUUUCCGAACAUUGGUGGAGAUGACUCCCGAUCUCCAAAAGAAUCUGAUCAGUGGUGCAUUAUGAUAGAAAAGUUCUUGCCUCUAAUUAACCCGAUUCAACAAAUGCCUGUCUACGAGGAUGAUGUGUGGGUCAUCACGUUUCCAAAAUGUGGUACAACCUGGACGCAGGAGAUGGUUUGGUUGCUUAACAACAAUCUUGACUAUGCACGUGCGGCCAAACUAACGCUCGAAGAACGGUUUCCUUUUCUGGAGCUCUCAGGUGCAUUAUCCCUAAUGGAUGGGGACUCAGUCGGACGAGUGCAAGAUCUACCACGUCCCCGGCACAUCAAGUGUCAUCUUCCGGUGAUGUUACUUCCGGACGCGAUCCGAACCGCCCGACCAAAAAUUAUUUACGUUUCGCGCAACCCAAAGGAUGCAGCCACCUCCUUCUACCAUCACUAUCGUAACAUUGUUGGAUAUGAUGGACCGAGGGAGCAUUUUUUCGAUGCCUUCCUAAACGAUAGUCUAAUUUAUGCACCUUUCGGUGAGCAUGUUCGUGCGUACUGGGAAUGGAGCAAACGGCCGGAUGCGGAUAACGUUUUAUUUUUAACGUACGAACAAAUGAAACGUGAUUUGCGUGAAGUUAUUGGGCGCGUAAGCACGUUCCUGGGCAAGCGGUAUAGUGCUAGUGAGGUGGAUGAGUUGGAAAAGCAUCUUUCCGUGGAGUCGAUGAGAAACAACAAAUCGUGCAACAUGGAUGAUUUGCUUGAAUGGGCUAAGAACACCACGUACAGUGAGGCGCGCAAAAAGGUUACGAAAAAUGACUUCAAGUUCAUUCGCAACGGAACGGUUGGAUCAUACCGGCAGGAUAUGAGCGACGAGUACGUCCAGCGAUUUGAGCAGUACGAAAAGGUCAUCACCGAGAGAAUCGAUUUUGAUUUUUUCUUCUAA